GAUCAAUCUCUUUCGCCCCGAUUGGGGGUAAGAUUAUGUUCAAAGACCUCAAGUAUAUCACGAAGGAUUUCCGGGCUGAUGUGUUCGAUGGAUAUAUUGUUAUUCUGUACUGGCUGUUCGAUUACCGCAAGACGGCAGAACAAAGUAAGUACGCAUCACCAGCACAGGAGAUGGUAAAAGUAUAUUGA